CACAGGGUUUGAAUUAAAAGAUCUUUGAAAAUAUUAUUAAGAUUAUAUACGUUUUUAAAGUAAUUCAUCCUAUAGACAAGCUAAGUGAGCGAUGAGAGAAUGCAGUGUUAUAAACGUAUUUUGAAACAAAAACUAGGAAGCCAGAUUUAAGUGAGGUCGGAGCGCGCUCCCCAAACAAGAAUGAAAUGAAAAUAGCAAGAAUUGAGUCGCGAAGUUGUGCUAAAUAUAGCUGGGCGGGCGUAGAGCACCGCGCGACCCAGUGAGUGCGCACGCGCCGCGACAUUCGCUUUGUUUCGUUUUCGUCUCUAAUAUUUUUCUAAUAACCAUUAGAAUAAUAUUUACUACAGUUACAUCUUUAUUAAAUUACACUCCGCCGCGCAUUACAAUUGAGUUGGAUGAAGUGGAUUCUGAUUUAAUAGGACGACCUCAAAUGCGCUAUAUUGAGGCUAAUAUGCUCUAGAUUCGAUUAUCGCACUUUGUAACUUCGGCUUUAUUUUCAUGUGCGUAAGUAUUUGUUUACCUAUAAGUAUUUUAUUAUGACUUACAUUAUUUUUCCAGUACAAGUGUACCUUAUUAAUUUGUGUUACCUGAUGUGUUUUUACUUAUUUAUGUAUAAAAUAAAAGCAGUUUUUUUUCGUCUGAAAACAAGUGGUAAUAAAUAAUUUCUUAAUUGCCCAACCAGAAAAGCAGUAAAUAUUUAAUAUUAAAGUACAGUAAUUUGCAACUAUUUCUGAAUUAGGUAUAACCUGAGUGCAGAGCAUAUCAAGAACAUAUAUUGUACGUUUAUUACGUACAAUAUAUGUUCUUGACAUUUGAGGUAGUCAAUUUCUUUGAAUAUAUGUUUCAGGUGUAAUGAGCGGCGCCGUAGAGCCGGAGACAGGCCGGCCGCGCCCUCUGUCCGGCACGCUGUGGACGUUGUUCUCGUGGCUGCGACGCGACGACGCCGGCUCCUCCGACAGUCUCUCCAGCGCCGGCUCCGACCGCUCCGCCGCCAGCUUCGCCUUCCUCUCGCCCGCGCACUUCCGCCACUCUGCGCCCGUGCCGCGCCCGCCGCCGCCGCCGCCUACAGACUCCUACAAGAAGAGGGUGCACGACCGCAACCUGCGGCGACAACACGAUAGAGACCUAACGUUGCAUCGCAAGUACGGCUUGUUUAGAGGCGACACCACUAUCGGAUACGACGUCACAAGCCUGCCUUUGGCGCGGCGAUCCGCUCGCAGUAACAGUGAUAAACAGGAUCGAGAGCGCAGAGCCAUCAGUGAAUCCUUGCAGCGUCGCACGCCGUACGUCCCUGGAAAACGACGAGCUCCUCUACCGCCCGUUCAAGCUGCGGCUGGUACGUCGGCCACUCUUCCUUAUCGACAUUCGCGAAAACGACGAGCCCCACAACCUCCAAUAAAAAUCGAGGAAAAAGCUAAAGAAAACUUUGAAGAAGUUCAAGGAAGGACAGGAAUGAAUCCUACACCCGGCAAUAGUAAACUAACGUUACCUAGUGAUGUAACCAUAGGUUGUAAAUCAGAGAAAUACGUUAAAAAGAAACAACACGAGACAACAGAAAUAAAAUCUAAACCAGAAAAGAGUUUUCUUAAACAAAUAUUUGAAAAUAAUAAAAAAAGAAGAUCUGCCAUUGAAACUACUAUGAGGAUUCUACCUAGCAUUAGCGAAUUAGAUAAACAAGCGGCGGAGAUUAUAGAAACGAGUAGAUUUAAAGAGCGAGAACAAAACCUAAAAAUUUCAAAAAUUGACGAACAUGGUGAAAGAUCAGACAUGACUAAAAGACCUCGAUGGAUUUGUGUAACGUGCUUAAGAUGUUUUGAUGAAUCAAUAAAUACAUGUUCUUUUUGUUUAUCGAGUCAGAAACCUAUUAAUAAUUUUGUACAAGAAAAAAAUAGAAAUGUAGCAAAUACUACACAAACAUCAAAAAAUCUUGAAGAUGACGAAAGGCAGCAACUUAAAAAAAUGUUAAAGGAGAUGAAAGAUUCACUACCAAAAAAACAAAAACCAGUUGAAGAUAUUUUUGCCAGAGAUGUACCGGUAAUGACAGCAUCUUUAGCUGAUAAAGGCCCCGUUACUAUCUCAGAAACUCCGACACUUUGUGUUAGAUCAAAACAUCAAGAAUUAAAUCUAUCUGCCGCAGGAGAGCCAUCACCUUCAAAAAAGGUUCUAGAAGAAUCUAAAAAUAUACCUAAAAGUGACAAUACUAAUGAAAUUGUUCGAAAAAUAUUGCUACAAGGUACUGUGAAAUCUACUGAAAAGUUAAUGAAAAACAUAACGAAUAAUACACCAAAAAAUAUGAUGAGGGACAGAUCUGCUGGUUGCAAAAUAGAUGAUAAGACAAAUAGAACUGAAUGCCUUCACUUAUCUGAUACUAAACAGAUUAGUACACCAUUGAAGAUUUCGUCGUUGUUGAAUCCAGUUUAUAUUCCAAAACAACUUCCUGUGCAACCUAACACAUUUUCUACAAAUACCUCAAAAAACGAAGACGAUAAUGUGGUAUCAAAACAUACCAAGAAUGUUAUAUUGAAUGAGACAUCUCAAAAUAAAACACAUAUUGUGCCUUCGACAUCCAAUAUGCUGAAUAUUAUUGGUAAAACUACUGUGUCUACGGAAUCCCAAACAAAUUCAGCAAAUCAAAAAUCUAUCACGACAAAGGUAGAUGAGAUAAGUCAACAUUCGCGACGCAGAGAAUUAAUAAAUCAACUUGAGAAGUCGAUAGCCGAGGGCGACGAACGAGCCGCCGCCGAUGCAGCAGCUAAACUGGCUCAGUUGCGGUUGUCGUGUUCAGUGUUAUCUUUUACUUCACAAAUUUUAUCAAAUAAAGAUAAUGCUAUUCAACAAACGAAAGAGACGGUAGUUAAAAAUGAAAAUCAGAUAUUGAAAGGUCCAUCUGCACUGAAUAUAUGUGUUACAAACAGUACAGUGAUUCCUGCUUCAUCAAAAACCCCGGAAAUAAAUUCUGUAAGGAAACUUGAACCAAAUAACAAACAAGUUGACAAACCUGAAACAAGUAGCUCAAAGUCACCAUUAAAAACAGAUGCUUCGGCUUCACAUUCACAAGUUGUACAUGGUAAUGGCGCCCACAUGGUGUUGUACGAUAAUGUGGUAUCAAAACAUACCAAGAAUGUUAUAUUGAAUGAGACAUCUCAAAAUAAAACACAUAUUGUGCCUUCGACAUCCAAUAUGCUGAAUAUUAUUGGUAAAACUACUGUGUCUACGGAAUCCCAAACAAAUUCAGCAAAUCAAAAAUCUAUCACGACAAAGGUAGAUGAGAUAAGUCAACAUUCGCGACGCAGAGAAUUAAUAAAUCAACUUGAGAAGUCGAUAGCCGAGGGCGACGAACGAGCCGCCGCCGAUGCAGCAGCUAAACUGGCUCAGUUGCGGUUGUCGUGUUCAGUGUUAUCUUUUACUUCACAAAUUUUAUCAAAUAAAGAUAAUGCUAUUCAACAAACGAAAGAGACGGUAGUUAAAAAUGAAAAUCAGAUAUUGAAAGGUCCAUCUGCACUGAAUAUAUGUGUUACAAACAGUACAGUGAUUCCUGCUUCAUCAAAAACCCCGGAAAUAAAUUCUGUAAGGAAACUUGAACCAAAUAACAAACAAGUUGACAAACCUGAAACAAGUAGCUCAAAGUCACCAUUAAAAACAGAUGCUUCGGCUUCACAUUCACAAGUUGUACAUGGUAAUGGCGCCCACAUGGUGUUUAUAUCUGUAUGGAUCGAAGACAAAAACGCAACACGGGGCCCGCUAAAACUGCAGAUUAACCGCAACGCAUCGGUGGGCUUGUUGCGCGGCGCGGCGGAGGCGGGGCUGGGUAUAGCGCGCGAGCUGCAGCGCUGGAUCGUGGGCCGCACACUGUGCCUCGACGACGCCACGCCGCUCGUUACACUAGCAGGCGAAGAUCUUGAUGCGCCCUUUUAUUUGUGCGUUGUGGAAUUUGAUUCUAAGCAAAAAGCGUCUAUCAAAGACGGUAGUACAAAUUCUACAAGAAAAAUAAGUUCGGAUAUUAUAAAUACGAAAAAUAACGAUAGAACCGGUGAUGUAUACACAGAACUAAUGCAGCUAGAGCGGCAGGCUCUCGUGCCUAACGGUGAACUCUUCGAAUGUGAAAUCUGUAUGGAACCCUGCCCAGUAGGCCACGGUGCCGUAUUACGUGAAUGUGUUCACUCGUUUUGCCGCAACUGCCUCGCCGACAUGAUACGUCACUGCGAAGAACCAGCAGUAUCUUGUCCUGCUAUGGGAUGUCCGGGAACUUUACAUGAACGAGAAAUUCGCGCGCUAAUUACGCCUGAGGAAUACGAGAGAUGGCUAGCGAAAGGACUUGCUUUCGCGGAGAGCGGCACACGAAACGCGUUCCACUGUCGAACUCGAGACUGCACAGGGUGGGCUCUUUGUGACGCUGGUGUGCGAAAGUUCCCCUGUCCUGUAUGCAAACACAUUAACUGUGUGCCUUGUCAGGCGAUACACGAAGGUGACACCUGCGAGAAAUAUCGAUCAAAAUUGCAACAAACAGCUAACCAAGUUUCAAAUCAAACUGAUGAGGUUACUAAGGCUCUUCUGGACUCAUUGAUUUCACGAGGUGAAGCCUUGGAAUGUCCCGAAUGUAGUGCAAUAAUAACUAAAAAAUGGGGUUGUGACUGGGUGAAGUGCUCGGCUUGCAAGACAGAGAUCUGUUGGGUGACGCGGGGGCGCCGUUGGGGACCCGGCGGCCGCGGCGACACCAGCGCGGGCUGUCGCUGCGGCGUCGAGGGCAAGAGGUGUCACCCGUCUUGCGGAUAUUGCCAUUAGAUAAUUAAAAUAUAAUCAAUUGUGUUUAUUAUGACAAAAAAUGUGAUCAAUUAAUAAAUACACCUGAAUAAAUUUUUG